GGCACGACACGCUACGCUGUACCCCGAGCAGAGUUCGUAUCAUCUGUUAUUCUUAUUAUUUCAUAUACACGUACCGCUCUAUUUGUGUCUCUUAGCAGGUGUGUCCUUCGUUUCCGUGACGGUGUCCUGCUUUCGUUAAACCGCCUCACACUACCCGAAAUUAUUUGUACUGCCUUUGUUUCCUCCCUUUUCUCGUAAAAAGGAUUAUAUAUACAUAUACUGCUCUCGUUUUACCUCGAAUAUCCGCGCUUUCGAAUCAUGCCUCAAGCCGGUCUCCCACUUCUCGCCGCGGUGUGGUUCAGCGCGGUGGCACCGGUGGUGCUGAUCGAUGGCAUCUUUGUGCUCACCCGCUCCCUCCACGCGAAGGUGCCGCACCCGUUGAGUGAGGUAUUUCCCUUCAAGUACUGGCUGAUCUACGCCCGGUACGACCGCCGCUACGGACCUAACGACGACGCUUUUGUGAUUGCGCAGUCGUGGCUGAACCUGGUCGAGGUCGUCCUGGGUCUGCUGGCGGUGCUGCUGUCUCUCCGCCGCGCGAGCAACGCCGCGGUGAAGCUGGGCAUCUUGGUGGCGACGAUGACCAUGUACAAGACGGUGCUGUACUUUAUGUUGGACGUCGCCGAGGAGGGCAGGUACACGAAGCACAACACUCUCAUCGAUCAGCUCACCAUGGUGGUGAUUCCCUCGUCGUUCUGGAUUAUUGUCCCCGCGGUGAUUAUCAAGCAAUGCUUCGGUGUUCUGGCGCUCACUAGCGUGCCAGAGCCGAAGGGUAAGCCGACUCAGCAAAGCGGAGGGAAACAGAAGAGUGCAUCGCCGCCGCGGGCCGCGAGCCAGCCAACGGACACGCAGCAGAACAGCAGCAAUAAAGCCAAGCCGAACAAGAAGAAGUAA